GAUUUUGGUUUCAGAAGUCUCCAAAGCUAAGAGAGCCGGAGUCGUAAGCCGCCACAUUACCCCAUCCAGUCAUGACUCAUCCUGUCCAUGUUCAGGAGCAGUACAGUGGGGUAUUAUGACAGGGAUAGUUUGACUUGAACAUCCACCAAAUUGCCAAUGUAUCCCCCUCCUCGCUAGUCUGUAGUCAGUACCCGGUCAUCCCUUCACGCGCCAUGGCAGCUUCGGUCGCCAGAAACGCUAAGGAGUACCCCGGGAAACUGACGCUCUACGUCUUCGUCACCUGCGCCGUUGCUGCCACCGGCGGCCUGAUCGUCGGCUAUGACAUCGGCAUCUCCGGUGGUGUGACAUCCAUGGACACGUUCUUGGAGAAAUUCUUCCCUUCGGUGUACCACAAGGAGCAGAUGGCGCAUGGCAGCAGCAGCAGCCAGUACUGCAAGUUCGACAGCCAGCUGCUGACUGCGUUCACUUCGUCGCUGUACCUCGCCGCCCUCGUCGCCUCUUUCUUCGUCGCUUCCGUCGCUCGCUCCUUCGGCCGGAAAUGGUGCAUGUUCGCCGGUGGGGUGUCGUUCCUCGCCGGCGCGGCCCUCAAUGCCGCCGCGCAGAACGUCGCCAUGCUCAUCGUUGGUCGCAUUCUCCUGGGAGUCGGCGUCGGCUUCGCCGGAUUGUCCAUUCCAAUUUAUCUGUCGGAGAUGGCACCUCCCCGCCUCCGGGGCACGCUGAACAUCGGGCUGCAGCUAAUGAUCACCGUCGGCAUCUUCUCUGCCAAUCUGGUCAACUACGGCGCCGCCAAGAUCAGAGGCGGCUGGGGCUGGCGUGUGAGCCUCGGCCUCGCCGCCGUCCCGGCCGGCAUCAUCACCGUUGGCUCGCUGUUCCUUCCCGACACGCCCAACUCGCUCAUCAGCCGUGGUCACCACGAGCAGGCGCAAAGAGUCCUCCGUCGCAUCCGCGGCACGACUAUCGACGUCGCCGACGAGUACGGCGACCUCGCAGCGGCCACGGAGGUGUCUGACACCGUCAAACGGCCGUGGCGCGACAUCUUGGAGCGCAGGUACCGCCCGCAGCUCACCAUGGCCGUCCUCAUCCCCUUCUUCCAGCAGCUGACCGGCAUCAACGUCAUCAUGUUCUACGCGCCCGUGCUGUUCAAGACCAUCGGGCUAGGAGGGGACGCGGCGCUCAUGACCGCCGUCAUCACGGGGCUGGUCAACAUCGUCGCGACGUUCGUGUCCAUCGCCACGGUGGACAGGCUCGGCCGGCGCAAGCUCUUCCUCCAGGGCGGAGCCCAGAUGUUUGUGUGUCAGGUCAUCAUCGGAGCGCUGAUUGGCGUGAUGUUCCAUAGGAACGGCGGCGGAGGCGUUCCGACGACAUUUGCCGCAUCCAUACUUGUGUUCAUCUGCGUCUACGUCGCCGGCUUCGCCUGGUCGUGGGGGCCGCUCGGCAUACUCGUGCCCAGCGAGAUCUUCCCUCUGGAGAUCCGGCCGGCGGGGCAGGGCAUCAACGUGGCGGUGAACAUGCUCUGCACCUUCGCCGUCGCGCAGGCCUUCCUUCCGAUGCUCUGCCACAUGAGGUCCGGCCUUUUCUACUUCUUCGGUGGAUGGGUGCUCCUGAUGACGGCGUUUGUCGUGCUUUUCCUACCGGAGACCAAGAACGUGCCAAUUGAGAAAAUGGCCGUGGUGUGGACGACGCACUGGUUCUGGGGCAGCUUCGUCGCUGACCCGGAUAGCCAUGUCCAAGUUGGACACCACGAAGUAGACGUUGCCACUGGCAAGCUCAAUCAAACGAUUGUCUAA